UGGAGCACAGUACAUACUGUAGCGCAAUUCUGUCGGCACCUUUGAUGUUAGUGUUUCCCAAAAUGGAGUGCACGCGAAAUAACUAAAACGAAAGCAAUCCAGUUGGAAAACAAACAACGUAUUUAAUCGUUAAAGAAGUAUUAAAUGGCCCUUGAAAGAAAGAAUGGAAAAAGAAAGAAGUAAGAUAAAAGUUUAGAUGACAUUACUGGGCAUUUACUUAUUUCGCGCAUGCGCACUCCAUUUUGGGAAAUAAAAUCAAGAGAGUUGCGCUUAUAUAUAUUGUGACUGGAAUUAAUAAUGGCUGCCGUUCAGAGACAACAGCUUUGCAAUUCUUGUAAAAUUCUUGAAUAUGAUUGGUUUAUACAUUUAGAUCCAAUGAGGAACUAAGGGCAAGACCAAUCAUAUUAAAGAAUUUUACAACAGUUGUAAAGCUGCUUUCUCUGCCGAACGCAGCCAAUGUACCGUGGAAUUGUGAGGUUCGACUGAAGAAACACGCCUGUGAUAUUCGUAGUGCAUCAUAUUAUAAAUUAUUCUUGGUAAAGACGUGAUUUUCCAUUAUUUGCAAAAUGAAAUCGAGGAUUAUUAUCCUGGGCCUGUUUAUGCUCUUUGUUUUGGUGUCCAUGUCGGAUACUAAAGAGCAAAAAAAGAAAUCAUGGAAAGACAAGGACAUGAUGUUCAUGACGGACGCUGAUGCAGAGCGUUUGCUGGAACAGUGGGAAGCAAAUGAUGAACCCCUGGAGCCAGAUGAGUUGCCGGAACAUUUGCGACCUGCUCCGAAGUUAGAUAUAUCCAAGCUAGACAUAAAAAAUCCAGAGAGUAUGCUAAAAGCAACGAAGAAAGGAAAAGGCGUUAUGAUGUUCAUAGAUCUUCAGUCAAAUGUUUCAGAGGAGCAAGCAGAUGUUAUGACUCGUAUCUGGCAGACUGGCCUACAAAAUAAUCAUAUCACUAUGGAAAGAUAUCCAAUUGAAAAUAAACGUUUCAUAUUCAUGUUCCACGAUGGAGCUCAGGCUAUCGAGGGUAAAAAUUAUUUGCUACAGCAACCUGAAGUAGCUCAUGUCACAAUCGAUGGACAGUCAUAUUAUCCAUCAUUAAAGGAGGGGGAAAACAUUAUAAUUGACGAGUUGAUGAAAAAGCCAAGUGCCAAGAAAUCGAAAAAAGAGUUGUAAUCUCGCGAUUAAUUUUU